CAGGGUCAUGUCACUUUCUCUUGACACUGCUUGAGUUAACUUUGACCUCAACAUCUUGUACCUUCGACAUUUUGAGCGACUAGUGCCUCAGAUCUAGUGCUGCAUCAUGGAUGCUUUCAUUGAAUCUCUCAACCAGCCAGAUGCCCUUGACCUGCCAGCGACCUUGAGCAUGUCACCUCAUGACCUUCUGGAUGAGGUGAUCUCACAAACCUUGAAAGAUGAGCUGCCAGACCGUGCAUCUUUAUCAGAAUACGAGUGUACUGCCACAGUAACUAAUUAUGGAAGUCCAUCAGAGUCAUGGCCAUCAUCCAGUGAUAAUAGUGCUAGUGAUUUGAGCUUUGACCUUGAGAGUUUUGCUUCCAGUGUUGCAUCAUCACCUACUGAGGUGCCCCCUUGUACAUCUAUUACCUUUAAUGAGCAAACGACUCCAGCAAGGGACACUAAGGAUCUAUCCUUAACAUCAUGUGAGCCAGUCUAUACUAGUCCUGGUGUGGACAGUCGUUUCAAUGAUUCACUGACAGGACUACUGGGUAGUCCACCACCAGAUAGUCCCCUCGCCAAGAAUCCCUUCUUUGGUGACCUCCAGGCAAUACUUGUCAACGACUGCAGAGAGGACAUGCUGCCACAGACUCUGCUAGCUACCAUGACAACCCAGCCACAACCUGAUGUUUUUAAUCGUGAACAGGAUCUACAAGAACGUUUCAAUCGACUAACAGACAAUUUUCCAGAGGAUGUAAAGCAAUUGUCUAGUUUCUAUCGAUAUCAGGCAGCCCUGGUGGAGACUGAACGAUUCCGCUCACUACAUACACAGAAUUACGCUGCAGACUACCAACGCUCGCUCAACCUUCAUUACGAUUCCCAGCUCCAUCAGAUAAUGACCCGCGUAGAACAGAGCCUCAUUUUGUUAGAGGAGUCCUCCAUCAACAAAUGUUCAAGUCGAGUAAUUAAGCCACGCCCACUUCUCUCAAAGAAAUCAAUUAAAGUGAUGGAAGAGUGGUAUGAGAACCAUCUAGAACAUCCAUACCCUACCGCAUCCACAGUUGAGUUACUUGCGGAAAGAGGUAAAAUCACCACUGAGCAGGUGAAAAAAUGGUUUGCCAACAAAAGAAACAGAUCUAACAACACUCGCACGCUCACCGAGAUUGCCAAGGCUAAGAGGAAACGUCAGAUGGCUGCUCUGUAAUCCCUAAUUUCUGUGUUUACUCUACAAACAUGUGAUGUGAAGUUUCUCGUCUGCAAUAUGUGAUUGUCCACUGGGAUGCUGUGCCAUCGUAAGUACAGAUUAAUGAUAUUGUGAAAAACUACUAAAGACAUAGAACUGAUAUCGAUGAAAUAUAUUAAGACUGGCAGAGAACUGAUAUCGAUGAAAUAUAUUAAGACUGGCAGAGAACUGAUAUCGAUGAAAUCUAUUAAGACUGGCAGAGAACUGAUAUCAAUGAAAUCUAUUAAGACUGGCAGAGAACUGAUAUCGAUGAAAUCUAUUAAGACUGGCAGAGAACUGAUAUCAAUGAAAUCUAUUAAGAUUGGCAGAGAACUGGUAUCGAUGAAAUCUAUUAAGAUUGGCAGAGAACUGAUAUCAAUGAAAUCUAUUAAGAUUGGCAGAGAACUGAUAUCGAUGGAAUCUAUUAAGACUGGCAGAGAACUGAUAUCAAUGAAAUCUAUUAAGAUUGGCAGAGAACUGAUAACCAAGGUUGUGAAAAUUUCCAAAGACUGGCAGAGAACCGAUAUUGAUGAAAUCUAUUAAGACUGGCAGAGAACUGAUAUCGAUGAAAUCUAUUUAGACUUGUGUAGAACGGAUGACAGAGGAUAUGGAAUCUACUUAGGCUAGUGUAGAACUGUUAAUGUAGUGUAUAUUCGUGAAAAGUGCUAUGUAUAUAACUUUCUAUGUUGAUAACACAUCUGUGCCAAACAGGAUUGUGCA